AUGUGGAGGCUGAGGAUCGGAGAUAAGGCAGGAGAUAAUCCUUACUUGUGCACCACCAACAAAUUCCUCGGAAGACAGAUAUGGGAGUUCGAUGUAAACGCAGGCUCUCCAGAAGAACUCGCCGAGGUCGAGGAGGCUCGCAAGAAUUUCUCAGAAAAUAGGUCAAACUACAAGGCUAGUGCGGAUCUCCUUUGGCGUAUGCAGUUUCUAAGGGAGAAGAAGUUCGAGCAGAAGAUUCCACGGGUUAUAAUAGAGGAUGCAGAGAAAAUAACGUAUGAAGACGCGAGGACGGCACUGAGAAGAGGAAUACUUUAUAUGGCAGCAUUGCAGGCUGAUGAUGGACAUUGGCCUGCUGAAAAUGCUGGUUGCAUGUUCUUCAACGCCCCAUUUGUCAUAUGCUUGUAUAUCACUGGCCAUCUUGAUAGUAUCUUCUCUCAUGAGCACCGGAAAGAGAUGAUGCGUUACUUGUAAAACCAUCAGAACGAGGAUGGUGGGUGGAGAGAACCCGAUUAUGAUGGUCAACAAAGUGCUUGUGCAAGGGCUCGUAAAUGGAUCCUUGACCACGGUGGUGCUACUUAUACGCCAUUGUUUGGAAAGGCUUGGCUUUCGGUUCUUGGUGUGUAUGAAUGGUCUGGCUGCAAACCGAUACCGCCAGAGUUCUGGUUGCUACCUUCUUGGUUUCCUAUUAGUGGAGGCACUCUCUGGAUUUAUUUACGGGAUACUUUUUUGGCAUUGUCCUAUUUGUAUGGUAAAAAAUUUGUUGCUACAUCAACACCUCUCAUUCUACAGCUUCGUGAAGAGCUUUAUCCUCAGCCUUAUGCGGAUAUUGUUUGGAGUCAAGCUCGCAAUCAAUGCGCAAAGGAAGAUUUAUACUAUCCACAAACGUUUGUACAAGAUUAGUUUUGGAAAAGUGUUCAUAUGUUUUCGGAGAACAUCUUAAAUCGAUGGCCUUUCAAGAAGCUCAUAAGAGAAAAAGCUAUCCGAACAGCAAUGGAACUCAUUCACUACCAUGGGGAAGCAACCCAAUUCAUUACUGGUGGAGCUGUGCCAAAGGUGUUUCAUAUGCUAGCUUGUUGGGUUGAUGAUCCAGAGAGUGAUUAUUUUAAAAAACAUCUCGCUCGAGUCCCUGGAUUCAUAUGGAUUGCAGAGGACGGCCUGAAAAUCCAGACUUUUGGUAGCCAAAUAUGGGAUACAGCCUUCUUGCUACAAGUAAUGUUAGCUGCUACUUUUGACGACGAGAUUAGAUCAACGCUCAUAAAAGGAUACUCUUACUUAAGGAAAUCUCAGCUUACAGAAAAUCCUCCUGGUGUAUAUACCAAAAUGUUCAGAGACAUAUCAAAAGGAGGCUGGAGUCUUUCAGACAAAGAUCAAGGUUGGCCAGUUUCAGAUUGUAUUGCUGAGAGUUCAGAGUGCUGCCUAAUCUUUCAGGACAUGCCGUCUGAGUUUAUUGGUGAGAAAAUGGAGGUGGAGAGGCUUUAUGAUGCCGUCAAUAUGCUGCUCUAUUUGCAGAGCGAUAAUGGCGGUAUAGCAAUAUGGGAGGCAGCACGAGGGAAAAAAUGGCUAGAGUGGCUUAGUCCAAUAGAGUUUAUUGAAGACACAAUCGUAGAGCAUGAGUAUCUAGAAUGCACAGGUUCGGCGAUAGUAGUGUUGGCUCGAUUCAUGAAACAGUUUCCAGGGCACAGAACAAAAGAGGUCAAAAGGUUUAUAACAAAGGGAGUGAAAUACAUAGAGGACUUGCAAAUGCCAGAUGGUUCAUGGUAUGGGAACUGGGGUGUGUGUUUCAUAUAUGGAACCUUCUUCGCAGUACGAGGUCUAGUGGCUGCGGGAAAGACUUACAAUAACUGUGAGGGGGUUCGUAAAGCAGUUUGUUUCCUUCUCGAGAACCAAAACAUCGAAGGUGGUUGGGGAGAGAGUUAUCUUUCUUGCCCCAACAAAAAAUAUACUCCUUUGAGUGGAAACACGACCAAUGUGGUGAAUACAGGACAAGCACUGAUGGUUCUGAUCAUGGGUGGUCAGAUGGAGAGAGACCCUUUACCCGUUCAUCGCGCGGCAAAAGUGUUGAUCAAUUCGCAGAUGGAUAACGGCGAUUUCCCACAACAGGAAGUAAGAGGAGCCUACAAAAUGAAUGUGCUGCUUCAUUAUCCAACCUAUAGGAACAUGUUUACUCUUUGGGCACUCACAUAUUACACGCAGGCUCUGCGCCUGCUCGUCUGA